GGCGCCGCGUGUUCAGCGCCGCCGCCGCCGCCGCGGGAGCAGGAGCGGGAGCGGCGGGGCCCGGCCCGGGGCUGCCCCGCCAUGUGGUUCAUCUACGUGCUGAGCUGGCUGUCCCUCCUCAUCCAGGUGGCCUUCGUCACCCUGGCCAUCGCUGCUGGGCUGUACUACCUGGCGGAGCUGAUUGAGGAGUACACAGUUGUCACCAGGAGGAUAAUCAAAUACAUGAUCUGGUUCUCCUCAGCUGUGCUGGUUGGCCUCUACCUCUUCGAGCACUUUCCUGGUUUCAUGGUGGGCGUAGGGCUCUUCACCAACCUGGUCUACUUCGGUUUGCUGCAGACCUUUCCCUUCAUCGUCCUGACGUCCUCCAAUUUCAUACUGUCCUGCGUGCUGGUUAUAUUCAAUCACUACUUAGCGUUCCAGUACUUCGCCGAGGAGUAUUACCUGUUCUCUGAGGUUCUCGCCUACUUCACGUUCUGCCUGUGGUUAAUUCCUUUUGCAUUUUUUGUCUCUUUGUCGGCUGGAGAGAACGUCCUGCCUUCCACGGUGCAGCCUGGAGACGACGUGGUUUCCAACUACUUCACCAAGGGGAAGAGGGGUAAGCGUUCCGGUAUCCUACUCAUCUUCUCUUUCAUCAAGGAGGCCAUCCUGCCUAGCCGACAGAAGAUUUACUGAGCCCCGGAGGCAGCCAACAUUGGCUGCGGUGACGGAGCAGGGCAGACCCAAACUGUGCAGAGGGCUGCGAGGGAGCACUGUCCCCAGGCCUUGCUCGAACCCUCCUUGAUGUUUCUCAAAGGGAUUUUGCUAGGAACGUAUAAACUGGGCAGUGACCGGAGGUGCCAGCAGCGCUGGACACGCGCGGGGAGGGCUCGCACCUUUUUAUACAGCUCUGCUGAUCCCCCGGGACUGUGUGCAAGAAGGAUGUUUGGCUCCAGCUGAGCGCAAGGAGUGUCUGGCCCCCCCAGUGCUGCCCACCCUGCUCAGGGACCUGGGAGGCAUUGUCACCUGCUGGGGUUUAAAGCCAGGAGUUUGCGCAUGGUGUAGUUUGGCUGUGGGGGAACCAUUCCCUCAGAGUGGUGGCAGAACGUGCUUGACGUUUAAAUGAGUUUUACACAGAGCCAUUAAUUAAAAAAAAAAAAAAAAAGAAUAAAGUAAUCAAACUGUCAAACUCCCGCAUAUUCCUGCUGGGAGCCUGCCAGUGCUGGAGGAUGCCGGCAUCCCUCUGUGUGGCAUGCGUUGGGAGGGGAGCAUGAGGGCAGGCACUUCUCCCUGUGCUCUGCAGCUGCAGGGAGGUGACCUGGAAGGACUCGACGCUGCGUUUUGUGUGAUUUUAAUGUUGGAAAUACCCACUCUUCUCUUCUCUGGUUUUGCUGGAAGCCUCCCUGAGUGGCCAGGAUGCUGCAGUAGUGCUGGCUGGCUGAGCGAGGCCCCAGGAAGCCAUUUCACAGAAAGCAAUUCUCCACUCCAUGUGAGGGGAAUGAGAUGCUGAGCAGGUCACCGUGACUUCCCUUGGGUUUCAUCUGCUUGGUGUUCCCAGUGCUGCUAAACUCACCAGGGCUUUCCUUUCCUAAAGGGAAAAAAAAAGUAGAUGAUCAUACUGAGAAGGAGGUGAACCCUUUGUUCUUGUUCGUCGUAAUCACAAACCCCCUCUUUUUAUCCUCCCCCUUUCUGCUUUGUUGCUGGUCACCUUCAGCCUGUGCCAGAGCCAGGUGUCCCCACGCUAGCCAGGAGCCAGGGCUGUGUGCGGCUGUAGCGCAGGAAUGCCUGGGCACUGACAGCGCAUUUCACAGCUUGGGAAGGCUUUUUGAGGUGUUUCAGAAGAAAAUGGUUCAUUUUCCUCUUGUGGCCAGUUCUGGCUGAAGGCAAAAGUCAGGCACGUGGUCCCACCACACCCCUCCCUGCCACAGGUAUGUUCAGGGCCCACUAACACUGGUGUGAUCUGAUGCUCAUACAGUAGAUGUGUGGUUUCUGUUUGAGAGCUGCUCAUCUAGUAAAGGUUAUAGAUGGAAGUUCACCUUA